CACAACCGCACCUCUUUCUUAAAUACCAAAUCCAAACACGAGAAUUGUUGUGAAGAAUCAAUGGAUGAUUCAUCUUCUUCGAGAGGCAAAAAAGGCCAAGAAAUAAUAACUAAUGAUGAUGAUGAAGAUGAGGAAAGUGGAUGGACCUCUUAUUUUGAAGAUUUCUCAUCAAGAAGCAUAGAAGAAGAAGAAAACAAUAAUAAGAACAGUUACUGUGAUGGUGGAUCCUCUUUGCUCUCAGAUGCUGCUUCUUCUGCUGCUGCUGCAUGGAACAACAAAUUCUCUCAUCAUCAUCAUCAUGAUUAUUCAGUAGUAGAUGCUGCACCAAAAAAACUAUGUUUCAAGAAAGCGAUUAAACGAGCCAAACAGAUUUCUCAUGAUGAUCCUUUGGAGGACACUGCUAGCUCCCCAGUCAAUAGCCCCAAGGUAAGGGAGUUGAAUUCAACUGAAAUUAUUUCAAGCAAGAUUAUUGAUGGUUCUACUUGUAUGGAAAAGGAAUUCAAAUCAUCAUCAGAGCAUAAUUCAGAGUUGCAGAGAUAUGAUGAUAAUAAUAAUGAGGAGGUAAAUUUGAAUGGGAAUAAGAGUAUUGAGUGCACAACAGAUUUGAAGAAGAGGGGUCUCUGUGUUGUUCCUUUCUCCAUGUUGGUUAAUUAUUUGGGAUAGAUGCCAAAUAGUUUCUAUGGCAAAACUCAUAUGCAGGCUUCUUUGUACAAAGUUGUUAAUUGAGAAUUAUUAAAUAAUAAUUUAGUCAAACAUAUCAAAUUAUUUAACUAUUUUCAAUUAACUACUUUUUAUAAAAAUAACUGCAUGUGAAUUUCUACUUUCUCUGUGAUAACAUAACCUCUCUUCUCUUUUCUUCUCUCUCUCAACCUCUUUUUUUUUUUCUUGUGUGUGUUGUGUACAUUGAGUAGGUUUUUUUAUAUAUAUGGCUGAAGAAAGAUACCUGUAUACAUACAUGGGAUGAUAUAACAAUGAUGUGAUAAUUUGUGCUA